AUGCCUUUGCCCCGAACUGAUCCGUCAACUGCGCAACGUCGUUACAACGUGAAUCUACCACUGAAUCGAGUGGCUAGUACUACAUUGAGUUCGACUGUUGUUGGAAGUGGGAGUCGGCAAGGUGAGAGAAUCUGACAUGGCUUUAUUCUAAGCUUAUCAUAGCUAAUCUAUGUUUAACUUAACGUACCGAGCCUUACCCUACCAUACCCUACCCUACCCUACCCUACCCUACCCUACCCUUAGCCUAGCUAGCUUUUCUUUACCUUAACUAGCCCUGCCCUCUUUUCUAAUUUACCCUACCCAUACCACGCUAUCUCACAUUACAUUUCUUUAUUCUACCCUAUUCUGCGCUUGUUAAUCUGUAUUUUUUUCAGAUUCAGGUACAUCAUUUCCACCUGGUACUAUACUAAACAGGCUGAGCGAUGAACAAGCAAAUUUGGAGUUUAAUGCAAGACAAGCUAAGCUAAACUCAUCAACAGCUUCAUCAAACUUAUCACCAAAGCAAGGACAUCAUAACUUUGAUUCGAAAACAAGCAUUAACCUUCAAAACUCUAGCCAAAAUCUACUAUACCCUAACCAACCCAAUGGUCUAAACAUUCACCCCCAAAACCACCGCCUAUCGGCCGUUCAACUACACCCAUCACCAUCACUGAACCCGUCGUUAGCUCAAUUAAACCAGUCGUCACCUCAGCUAAACACCCAACCGCCUCAGCUACUACAUCAACCCCGUCUCCAAUACGGUUUGAGUGUGCAGCUACAGAAGCGCGAGGAAUCGACCAGCGCCACUCCAACCACGCUCCGGCUGGACAGCGAAGCCACCGACUCCAGCGAGCUGUCACCGAACAGUGACGCAACCCCCCCGACCCACCUCCACCGACAUGAGCCGACGCCAGAUUCAGAUGCAACGUGGGGCGAUGCCAAUGGGCGUGGGCCAGAUUGGCGACAAUUGGAAUGA